GAUUGCGCGGGAGAGUGCACGCCGGCAUGCGUUCUUAGGAGACGCGGGAAAAUGAAAUUUACGAUUUAGUGCGAUUGUUUUAAUGAUAAUAUUAAUUGUGAUGUAUGAGUACAAUUAAUGGUACAAAGUUUGGUGUUGAUAUACAAUAAGUAGUGUGUGCGCCAAAAUGUGGCGUGCGGUUCUGCUAACGAGCCUGGUGUUUCACCAAGGGUAUGGAGUACCCAACCGAGUGGUGGACGUCACCACAACCUGUGAUAAAAGCUCCAUAAGUAUCCACGUCGCCAUGGAGCAACCGUUCAAGGGACUCGUUUUUAGCAAGGACUUUUCAAGGGAAUGUCGUGUACAAGGGCAAAGACAAAAGACAGUUUCCAUUAAUCUACCCUCAAACGCCUGUGGUGUAAGAACCUCGACUCUGAAUACGACAGUCAAUGAACCGGAUGACGAAGAGGAUCUAUACUAUAAUGUAGAGCUGGUGGUGCAGAUGGAUAGACAGCUGCAACAGUCCACAGAUCAAGAUCUUAUUGUUAGGUGUAAAUUACAACGGCGAGCAGUGAAAAUUAACAGCGCGGCGCUGGAGAACGUCAUAUCUUCACAUUUACGGGAGAUGAACGCUCCAGAUAAGAAAGCGAGGACUGGUCGAAAUCGUCAAGGUUGGGAUAAUCCAGUGGAGAUGGAGCAGAGAGAGUGGUUGCUUGAUUCAGCACGCGCCUGGAUGGAGCUGGCUCCAACUAUCGCUGGGUCAGAACCAGCUACCGUUGAAGUUGGACAACCUACUAGACUAUUGAUCCAGUGCACUCUACCAGUUGGAAUAGGUCUGCGUGUAACGAACUGCAUAGCGCACGAUGGCUUAGGAGAAGCGUCCCAAAAAUUGCUGGACGAAGCCGGAUGUCCCAUUGACGAGACAAUCUUCAACAAACCAACGCUACACCGACAUCACAAGGGAACAGAAAUAGACUUUAACGAUCUGGAGCCAGUUGACACAAUAAGAAACACACAGGAGAAUGAUCAACUGAAAAUCGCUAAAUCCGAUCCAGAACUAAUGUUCAAGAAUUUUAUGACAUAUCAACAUGCAAUCACGACAUUUGCGGCGUUCAAAUUUCCGGACAGAGCGAAGCUACAUUUGACCUGUGGGAUAGAACUGUGCAAGGGCCAAUGUCCUGAAAUUGAUUGUAAGGCCCUGAUGAAGCCUCAGAGGACGAAAGAGGGAUUAGUGCGGAAGGCUCGACUGGAUAAGGAGGCUAAAGGAAAUGUCAUAGAUCGAUUGGAGGUUUACAAUAGCAUAGAGGUUUUGGCGCCUAACAUUGAGUUGGAGGAUGAGGCAUCCAUAAGAGGUUCAAGAAGAUCGGAGGGAAAAGAAGAAUUUGUGCGAGGAUUCUCACCGGGAGACAAAACAAUUUGUUUGUCACCGGGUAAAAUGGCUCUUGCGUUUUGCGUUUUAGGAGUUAUCUUUCUAUGUGCUAUUGCGGUCGCAUUUGCUUCGUUAGUGCGAGCGAGACGGCGAACCAGCCGAGAACAGGCCCAUACAUCUCUCUCUUUCUACACUGGCAGUAAGAGCGUCUUCUCUUCUAGUCAGAGUUCCAGUUCUGGAUUAAGUGGAAGUAAAUUGCUACUCACUGAUAGUCCUUACAUGGACCACCAUUCAUCGUCCAGCAAUAAUUGGCCAUAUCCAAGACCGUUUUGACAUUUGAAAUAUGUUUAAAAACUAUAAACGUCAUUUGUCAAUACGUACAGUUAAUACUCUGGAUUUACAAAAAAUUAAUAUUUAAUUUAAAACGAGAUUAGCCGUUAAAUAAUUUAAUCGAAUCAUCGAAAUCUAGUGAUUUUUAUUUAUCGUCACAAAUUACUAUUUUUAUAUUUUUGUUAUGAUAUUUAGUCAACUUGUUAGUCGGUUUUCAUACGAUGACACAUAAUCUUGGUACUAUUUUAGUAAGUAUUCCACAUAUUCCUAAACGGAUUCAAAUAAGUACAGAAACCCUGUUCAAGAGAGAAGUUUUUGUAUGGAAAAAAAUAGACGGGAAUUUAAAGGAUUGGUGUAGUACGUUAUAAAAUCUUAUUAAGUUGUUUAACUCAAAAUAACAUUUGUACUUUUUUAAUAGGAUAUUAGAGAACAGGUCAAAAAUAGCAUAUUUUUUCAUGAAUGUUAUUCAUGAAUCAAAUAAUGUCACAGUGCAAAGGCUAUUUUUGUGUCUAUUUUUAUAAUUUAAAAAUAUUAAACUAUUAAAUGUUUUGUCCUUGUCACUAUUACAUGCAAUAAAAGACAAAACACAAUCUAAAGUACGGUAAUUUAGAUUAAUUAUUAUUAAAACUAUAAGACUGGUUUUAUACAUUUUAUCUAAAUAUAUUAUUUUUAUAUUAUAUACAACCUAUUGAAAUUUAUAUGUACCUUCACUUACUUUUAAGUUAUUUUAGUUUUAUUUAUUGUUUUUGAGGAAGUGCUUUUGUUGGUCAAUGCCCUGGUUAUGGAUUAGUAGGUAAGGUAUUAAAAAUAAAUAAUUAUAAGAUGAUAACAUUAGCUCUUCCUCGAAUAAAUUAAGAUAUAUACUGAUAUUGUGAUACUUUAUGAAUUUUUUACAUCAACAAUGUAUUUAAUGCAAAUAAAU